GAGCCCAAAUCCCCGGGGAUGGAGCCAAAGCGCCCAAAUCCUGGAGCUUUCCAGGGAUAGGGGCGGUCCUGGCGCGGGGGGGCGGCGGUGACGUCACCUCGCCCCGCCCUUUCCGGCGUUGUCCUGAGGCGGCGCCGCCAUUACCGCGUGUGGCCGGGGCCGGUUCUGGGCCGGGACCGGCGCUGGUCCCGCGGCUCCUCCGCCACCGGAGCGGCCCCAGGGUGUCCCCAGUGAGCAUGGAGGACCAACGGGUGCCCCCUCCCCAGCUGCUGGAGCGGCAGGUCGCCGUGGUGGCCACCCUGGGCGAGGUGGUGGCCGCCGUGACCGCGUCACACAGGGGCGUGCGGCGGCGCGUGUCCCCGGUGUUCCUGCACGCCGCCCUGGGGAGGUUCACCCAGAGCCUCUGUGAGACCCUGGAGCACGGCGAUGUCACCUCCCUGGGCUACUGCGGUGUCCCCUCCCUGGGCCGGGCCCUGGCCGCCCUCGAAGCCACCCCGGAGGCGCGUGACAGCGCGAUCGCGGCGGUCGUGGCCUGGCAGAAGAUGGUGGACGCGCUCGGGGGGAGAUGGGGGCAGCUGGCCUGGGAGGCCGCUGAGCUCUGCGCUGAGUGCAAGCACGCGGCCCCCGCCCGGGCCGGGGACCCGCGGGACGAGGCCACCCACCGGGGGACAGCUUGGGGCAAGCUGGUGGCCGCGGUCCGGUGGCCGACGGUGGACUGGGACGAGGAGGAGGAGCAGGAGGAGGAGGAGGCGACCUCGGUGGGGGCCACACGUGAUGCCUGGGAAGCAGCGGCCACCAGUGAGGAGGAGUUGACCACCAACGAGGAGGAGCUGGCCACCAAAGAGGAGGAGGCAGCCAUGAGUGAGGAGGAGGUGGUCACCAAUGAGGAGGACGUGGCCACCAACGAGGAGGAAGCAGCCAUGAGUGAGGAGGAGGUGGCCACCAACAAGGAGGAGGUGGCCACCAGCAAGGAGGAGGUGGCCAUGAGUGAGGAGGAGGUGGCCACCAACAAGGAGGAGGUGGCCAUGAGUGAGGAGGAGGUGACCACCAACGAGGAGGAGGUGGCCAUCGACAAGGAGGAAGCAGCCAUGAGUGAGGAGGAGGUGGCCACUAACAAGGAGCAGGUGGCCAUCAGUGAGGAGGAGGUGGCCCCCAACAAGGAGGACGUGGCCACCAACGAGGAGGAAGCAGCCAUGAGUGAGGAGGAGGUGACCACCAACAAGGAGGACGUGACCACCAACAAGGAGGAGGUGGCCAUCGACAAGGAGGAAGCAGCCAUGAGUGAGGAGGAGGUGGCCACCAGCGAGGCCAUGGGAGAGGCCGUGGUGGCCGCCAGCCAGGCGAGGGUGGCCGCCAGGAGGGGACGUUUGGCAGAGGCAGCCCUGGGGCCGCUGGAGCGCUUGGUGGCCGCGUGUGACGAUGCCAUGGCGUUCACCAGGAACAUGGAGUUCUACCUCUGGGAGAUCAACGUCGCCCUGAAGUUUGGAGACCGAGCGUCCCGCCGUGUCCUCGAGGCCUUGGUGGCCGAGUUCCAGCAGCUGUGGGAUGCCAGCGCCCGCCUGUUCAGGGAGUACUUGCUGGAGACACUGGAGCUCAUUGACAAGCUCCUCUUGAGCCCCCAUGGUGGCCCCGGUGGCCCCAGUGGCCCCAUCAGCCGCGCAGUGGACGAGCGGUGCCGAGACGCCAUCAGAAACAUCCCGAGGCUGCUGUGGGGACAGUGAUGUCACUGCUGUGACGUCGUCGGGGAAGUGAUGUCACUGGAGAGACUUGUGGACGCUUGAGGGCCACCAGCUCAAGUGCCACCAGCUCCUGGUGUCACCAAAAUCUCCUCAAGUGCCACCAGCUCCUCAGGGCACCCAGAGCCCCUCAAGUGCCACCAGCUCCUCAGGUGCCACCAGCUCCUCGUGUCACCAAGAGCCCCCCGAGUGCCACCAGCGCCUUGUGCCACCAGCUCCCCAAGUGUCACCAAGAGCCCCUCAAGUGCCACCAGCUCCCCAAGUGCCACCAGCUCCUCGUGUCACCAAGAACCCCUCAAGUGCCACCAUCUCCUCAAGUGCCACCAGCUCGUUGUGCCACCAGCUCCUCAUGUCACCA